AUGCCAAAACGAAAGCGUUCCGCCGAGACCGGCCUGCUGGCCGCUAUUGAGAAGCACCAGGACGAAAUUUUCCGAGCUCUCAAGUCUGCCAAGGGCUUCGAGCGGCAGCGCCAGAGCAAGCGAUUGCGCCAAGAUGGUGUGCAAGCCGACAAACGGCAGAGAAUAGAGCGAGAGAUUGCGGUGUUGAAGUCUCUCGACCUUCAUCAGACUGCUCGUGCGCAUCUGGCGUCUUCGCUACUCAGGGUCGAAUCCAUCGCCACAUCCCCCGACUUCCCCAAAGAGCUUCAAGGCGGCGUACCCAAGCCCGAACUCCCCGAACACGAGCGCAGUGCCCUACACAAUGUCACGAGCGCACUCUACAACAAGGUGCCUGUCAGACAAGCCACGGACGGCGCCAUUGCUGCGGUGUGCCACGCGCUGAACGUCUCCGUGCCCGACAAGACCAAGCGAGCUCGGAAGAACAAACGGACAGAAAAGGAGGAGCAACCCUCUGAUAGGAUGCCGCUCCAGCCAGCACCCAUCAACUUGGCGACUGCGGGGGGGGAGAUCGCGUCGGAUCAAGAGUCCGUAGAGGCAGAAGUCACCGAGGAGACCGAGUUCUCAAAGCUCGACCACUUGCUUGGGAGUUCCUCCGACGAGGAGGAUGACAAGUUGGACGAGGAGAGGCUUGAAAGAUUCAAGAGUAGAGAGGUGGUCAAUCUGGACGACAUCUCGCUAUCCGGAUCUUCUUCGGAAGCUGACACCGGAGAAGACUCUGAUUCCCAAUCGGAAUCAGCCUCGCCUCCCCCGGCGAAGCAGAGGAAAGGAGAGGUGAAGCAAUCCGUCACGACCGCGGGAACCGGCGUCAUCGGGGGCUCUACGUUCCUCCCAUCUCUCAUGGGCGGCUACAUCUCCGGCUCAGAAUCUGCAUCCGACAUCGAAGAGGCCAGGCCUCGAAAGCGCCGUGGACAGCGAGGCCGACAGGCCAUUUGGGAAAAGAAAUACGGCGCCAGUGCCAAACACCUCCAGAAGGAGAGCCAAACAGGCGGGCGAGACGCAGGCUGGGACAUGAGGCGAGGCGCAGUGGAUGGAGAUGGCCGGGAACGGAAAACCCCAUGGAAGAAGGGAGUCUCUGAUCCGUUGGCGAGAAGUGCAUGGAACGAAGCUUCCGGCAAACCAACGCCCAAGCCGACCAAGAGGGACGAUCAAGGUCCGCUGCACCCCAGCUGGGCGGCAAAGAAGAAGGCCCAAGACGCGCAAAAGAACAUGUCGUUCUCGGGGCAGAAGAUUGUGUUUGAGUAA